UUCGCCCGUCUGGUUGUUGAGAGGAACUAUUAUAACCCCGAGAGAAAGCAACCGCGAUCCUUGACCGCGAUCGAUUACACUGGCCCUAAUAACACCAAGCUCGGUCAUUUCGGUUUGAUUCCGCAUUUGUGUCAUUCUCCUUCAGUGGUGAGUCGCAUCUUUCAAAAAAUGGCGCUCCGAUGGAUCAUGUGUGUAAGCGUUUUGUUGGCGACUGGUGGUGCGGCCACCAAAGAGCGUCAUGAGUCCUACCAGCCGGUCGAUGUCGGUUUCCAGUUUUCCACGCCAGUCAACUUGGCCAACACGUUGCAGAACAGUGUGGCAGGGCCGCUCAGCCUCGUUCUGGUCGUCGCCUUCACUGGCAUCCUAGUGGCCGGCCUCUUUGUGCCCAAAUUCACUUCGGCGUGGUCGGCCCGCUCUUCCGACGACGAUCACAAUUCUAGUUGGUGGCAUCGAUUACUCGAUCCGCUGGACGUUGAAGAAGCUUUCGAAUUCAUGAACGACCUGGGAGAUCCUUGUCGCCGGAAGAUUUUGUGUCACGUUCACAGUUUCGUCCCUUAUGCACCGGCUUGGCUCCAGACCGUCGUCCGUGUCAUCAGUAGAAACAUCCGCGGAGUGGCGCGCUACAAAGAUGACAUCAUUUACGGACUGGGAGGGGAGAGCUGUCAAGCCCGCUAUCAAACUGAAUGUCCGCAAUCGGUUGGACAACUUCUAAUGAUGACCAGACCAGUCCGUCGGAUUCUCGAGCAACAGAGGCGACACUUUCAAUCGACCAACGACCGAUACUUUAACUUUGUUUGACGACUGAUUAUCAAUUGUUGGGCGUCUGUGUGUCAGUGGUGUAAGACGGAAGUGCAUUCAAGACAGGAAACUGGUGGAAGAAUAAUGACAAAAAAGAAAAGACGGCCUAGCGGUGGGUCAUAUGUUACAUCAAUCAAAAAGGGCGAUCAACUUGGCCGGGUCGCAAAGGCUAUGUACUGUAAUAUGGGUUACCAUUUAUUCACUAUACCGUCUUGUAUUGGAAUCCAUAUUCAAACAUUCCGUAAUAAAUGAUGAUGAAUGGAAUAAUUGAUUGAAACAUCUGUAAAGUGGUAACGUUUUAUUUCUAAAUUUGUUAGUCUACAUGCGUGCUGUGACUUCGGCAGUUUUCCUUGGUCCGUUAAAGAUGUCAUUCGUAACGGUAAAAACUCCCGGGCUUAUUUUGGUCCGUCUGAAAAAGUACAAGAGUAAAUUUGGCAAAAGAUACAUGCACUUUCGUAUACCCCACAACACACAGACUGUAUUUCACUAUUUCCAAAUCGAACGCGGUUGCAAGUCGAUAACAAUGAAAGUAAAGAAACAAAAAAAGGAAACGAAAUUGCUUAGAA